AGAGUCAACACGGCUGAGUGACUCAACAACAAAGGAACAGAGCCCAAGAGGUGAUCUCUGUACUCAGUGCAGAAGGAAGGUCACGCUGAGGAUUUGCCAUGAAGUCAAAUGAGGAAUAGGCCUAGCAGAUACCUGGGGGAUGAGCAUUCUGAACCAGGAGAGGAAAAGCAGAGAAGAAUGGAUGUAAAUGAAACUGUGAACAGCCUGGGAUGAUGUGCCAACCCAAUGCAGAUGAAACAUAAAUCCCUACCCCAUCCUCUCCAGGAGCCACAUUUGCAGCCUCAUCUGCCUGUCCAGAACCCGCUCCCAGGCUGACAGUGAGCUGCGCAAUGGGUUCUGAGCUGGAGACGGCCAUGGAGACGCUCAUCAAUGUGUUCCAUGCCCACUCGGGCAAAGAGGGCGACAAGUACAAGCUGAGCAAGAAGGAGCUGAAGGAGCUGCUGCAGACGGAGCUCUCUGGCUUCCUGGACGCCCAGAAGGAUGCAGAUGCUGUGGACAAGGUGAUGAAGGAGCUAGAUGAGAAUGGAGAUGGAGAGGUGGACUUCCAGGAGUAUGUGGUACUGGUGGCUGCCCUCACAGUGGCGUGCAACAACUUCUUCUGGGAGAACAGUUGAGGAGACGGCCCCAGCGGGCAGCGCCCUUCCCCUCUACCCUGCCAUACCUGCUCCUUCACCCUGCUUCCCCCUCAGUUUAAUUUUCCCUCCCCACCAACAAGGGCGCAAGAUUAGUGGGCCAGGCCUGCAACUCCUCUUUCAUUAAAGGCUUCUGUCUCACCAGCC